AUGGCUAAUUCAGGCUUCACUACCCGCAAGAUUGGGGCUCCAAAUACAUUGGAGCACCGCAUCUACCUCGAAAAAGAUGGCGUCCCAGUCUCUCCUUUCCAUGAUAUUCCACUGUACGCCAAUGAGCAACAGACCGUACUGAACAUGAUCGUUGAGGUCCCUCGAUGGACCAAUGCGAAGAUGGAAAUCUCCAAGGAAGAGCACUUGAACCCCAUCAAGCAAGACACCAAGAAGGGCAAACUUCGAUUUGUUCGCAACUGCUUCCCUCACAAGGGCUACCUUUGGAACUACGGUGCAUUUCCUCAGACCUGGGAAGACCCCAAUGUCACACACCCUGAGACUAAGGCUAAAGGCGAUAAUGAUCCCUUGGACGUUUGCGAGAUCGGUGAACUUGUCGCCAAGCCAGGUGACAUCAAGCAGGUCAAGAUUCUCGGUGUCAUGGCCUUGUUGGACGAAGGCGAGACUGACUGGAAGAUUAUCGUCAUUGAUGUCAACGACCCAUUGGCACCAAAGCUCAACGACAUUGAGGAUGUCGAAAGACACCUUCCAGGCCUGCUCCGUGCCACCAACGAGUGGUUCCGCAUCUACAAGAUCCCCGAUGGCAAGCCCGAGAACCAGUUUGCCUUUUCCGGUGAAUGCAAGAAUAUGAAAUACGCUACAGACAUUGUUCGGGAAUGUGCUGAGGCUUGGGAGCGACUUAUCACCGGAAAGACUAACCGAGGAGAGAUCUCUCUCGCAAACAGUACCGUUCCUCACUCCCCCGACCGCACAGAUACCACGAAGAGUCCAAUUGCCGCAGGCGAGAACAAGGCUCCAGCCCCAAUAGACCCAAGUAUUGACAAGUGGUUCUUCAUUUCUGGAGCUCCCUCGGCUUAA